GGGCCCAACAGUCACAUGAACUUUAACACCAACACACCAGUCACCACCACCUUAAUCUUAUCACUUCCCUCCAUUUUGCCUAUAUAUUUACACCACCCUGUAGCUACCCAACUGCACCACCACCCACCACCAUCAAACGCCACCAUGGUGUCAUCUCAUUUGACACCCAUUUUAUACCUCACAUUGUUACUUGUUACAUUUUCAUGUGUAUGUUCUAAGACUAGUAAACCACCGGUUGCACCCACCAAGAUCGGUAAUGGGUACCGGUUGGUCUCACUUCAAGAGUCACCGGAUGGUGGGCUUGUUGGUCAUCUUCAGGUUAACAAGCAAAACAAGAUUUAUGGGCCGGAUAUCCCUCAUUUGCAAUUGUACAUCAAGCAUGAAACCGACGACCGUUUAAGGGUACACAUAACCGACGCACAAAACCAACGAUGGGAAGUACCAUACAACCUUUUACCAAGAACACAACCACCAACACCAUCACAACAACCCUUCACCCGGACCUUAAAAAACCCGAUAACCGUAUCCGAAUCCUCCGGAAACGAACUAAUAUUCAGCUACAUCUCCAACCCGUUCUCAUUCGCCGUGAGAAGAAAAUCCAACGGCCAAACAAUCUUCAACUCAUCAUCCGACGGAUCCAACUCACUAGUCUUCAAAGACCAAUACAUUGAAAUCUCAACAACAUUACCCAAAACGGCGUCGUUGUAUGGUCUUGGUGAGAACUCACAGCCACAUGGGAUUAAACUCUACCCGAAUGACCCGUAUACUUUAUGGACUACGGAUCAAUCAGCUAUUAAUUUGAAUAUGGAUCUUUACGGGUCGCACCCGGUUUAUAUGGAUAUGAGGAAUGUGGGUGGGGACCCGUAUGCCCAUGGGGUUUUGUUGUUGAAUAGUAAUGGGAUGGAUGUUUUUUAUAGGGGUGAUUCUUUGACGUAUAAAGUUAUUGGGGGUGUUUUGGACUUUUACUUCUUUGCGGGGCCCACGCCGUUAGCGGUUGUGGAUCAGUAUACUCAGCUUAUUGGUCGGCCUGCUGCUAUGCCUUACUGGUCUCUAGGAUUUCACCAAUGUCGGUGGGGUUACCACAAUCUUUCAGUGGUGGAAGACGUGGUGGAAAAUUACAAAAAAGCCAACAUCCCAUUAGACGUUAUUUGGAACGAUGAUGAUCAUAUGGAUGGUCACAAAGACUUCACUCUAAACCCCAAUGCUUACCCUAGACCCAAACUCCUUGAUUUCCUACAAAGAAUACACGCCCGUGGCAUGAAGUACAUUGUCAUUAUCGACCCCGGGAUCGGUGUCAACACGUCUUACGGGACCUACCAACGAGGUCUCGCUAAAGACGUGUUUAUUAAAUACGAGGGGAAGCCGUAUUUGGCUCAAGUGUGGCCUGGGGCGGUUAACUUUCCGGAUUUCCUUAACCCCGCGACGGUUGCGUGGUGGGGAGAUGAAGUCCGGAGGUUUCAUGAGCUCGUUCCUGUCGAUGGGUUGUGGAUCGACAUGAACGAGGCUUCUAAUUUUUGUUCUGGGUUGUGCACGCUUCCUGAAGGUAAGCAGUGUCCAACCGGAACUGGGCCCGGUUGGAUAUGUUGUUUGGAUUGUAAGAAUAUAACAAAGACAAGAUGGGAUGAUCCUCCUUAUAAGAUUAACGCGUCCGGGACGCAUGUUCCUAUCGGGUACAAGACGAUUGCUACGAGUGCGGUUCAUUAUAAUGGCGUUCGAGAGUAUGAUGCUCAUAGUAUUUACGGGUUUUCUCAUGCUAUUGCGACUCACAAGGCGCUUCAGGGGCUUGAAGGGAAGCGCCCAUUUAUCUUAUCCCGAUCCACAUUUGUUGGAUCGGGUCAUUACACUGCUCAUUGGACCGGUGACAACCAAGGUACUUGGAAUGAUAUUAAGUACUCGAUAUAUACCAUGUUGAAUUUCGGGAUUUUUGGAAUUCCUAUGGUCGGUUCGGAUAUUUGCGGGUUUUACCCGCAACCAACCGAAGAGCUAUGUAACCGUUGGAUAGAGUUGGGUGCUUUUUACCCGUUUUCAAGAGACCAUGCAAAUUACUAUUCUCCAAGACAAGAGCUUUACCAAUGGGAAACAGUUGCAACAUCCGCUCGUAACGCUUUAGGUAUGCGGUACAAGUUGCUUCCUUACUUGUACACUUUGACUUACGAGGCGCACACCACUGGCGCACCCAUCGCUCGCCCUCUCUUUUUCUCAUUCCCAACCAUCCAAGAACUGUAUGGAUUGAGCACACAGUUCUUACUUGGUGAGAGUCUGAUGGUCUCACCAGUUCUUGACCAGGGUCGAACCAACGUGUCAGCUGUGUUCCCUCCUGGAACAUGGUACAGUCUGUUCGACCCCAGUCAAGCAAUCGUUUCAAAAGAUACCCAAACUUUCACCUUGGAUGCUCCUUUGCACGUGAUCAAUGUCCAUUUAUAUCAAAAUACCAUUCUUCCAAUGCAAAGGGGAGGAAUGAUAUCCAAAGAAGCAAGAAUGACACCUUUUACCCUUAUAGUAACUUUCCCAGCGGGGGCCACGGAUGCCAAAGCGAAAGGAAAGCUUUUCCUCGACAAUGACGAGCUUCCCGAGAUGCAACUCGGGAACGGUCAAUCAACUUAUGUUGAGUUUAGCGCGUCCACGUCUAAAGAAAUGGUGAAAGUGUGGUCGGAUGUGCAAGAGAGUAAGUUUGCGCUUGACAAAGGUUGGGUUAUUGAGAAGAUUUGCGUGUUGGGAUUAAGUGGCGUCGGAAGUGCGUUUAGCAUCGAGGUCGAGGGUAAUUCGGACAUUUUGGACGUGUCGAAUGUGGAGUUGGCGCAAACCGAGCAUAAGUUUAUAUACGGAGCGGAGGACAUGAAGAGUGUGAUGGUAGAAGUUGGAGGGUUGGAUCUACCAGUUGGUAAAAAGUUUACAAUGUCAUGGAAAAUGGGAAUUAGUUAGUUCUUAAGGGGCUUGUUUGCAAAUUACAUGUUCUUUUGUACCGUUUAGAUUGUUGUGUACUUGGUAGUUGGUAGGGUGCUUGAGGAGAAUAGAGGGGCCAAAAUCAAGUGCUUCCUCUUUUUUUUAGCUUCAUUUUAGUGGAAUAAAAUAAUUUCUCUUUUUUA